AUGGCAGCUCCACAAACACCCACCUCGACUGUCGUCGAUCUGAAGACCAUCCCCAUCUCUCCCGAAGGUAGCAACAGCAACAAUGAGAAUAAGAAGCCCAGCGGCGAAGACGAGCAAAUCACCGUCUUCCACGACAAGGACAACUUCAACGUCAAGCACCCGCUGAUGAACAAGUGGACUCUGUGGUUCACCAAGCCACCGAGUGGAAAGGCGAGUCUGCGUGCGCUGGGACCCCUCCAAUUGAAAGUCAUCACUUUCAAUUCUGUGGAGGAGUUUUGGGGUGUCUAUAACAACAUUGCUCCCGUCUCCGAACUCGCCCUCAAGUCCGACUAUCACCUCUUCAAGGAGCACGUGCGUCCAGAGUGGGAGGAUCCCCAAAAUAAGCACGGCGGCAAGUGGUCUUACCAGUUCAAGGACAAGCGCCAGGUCCCCAUCGAUGACCUCUGGCUGCACGUCAUGCUCUCGGCCAUCGGCGAGACCCUCGAGGAGUCGGGCGAUGGCGAGGUCAUGGGUGUUGUCGUGAACGUCCGCAAGGGCUUCUACCGCAUCGGUGUCUGGACCCGCACGAUUGGGAAGAGCAUCCCUGGAGGAGGCGAUGGCGACGUUGCUGGUGGCAAGGGCCGUAGCCUGGAGAAGGGUAGGGAGGUGCUGAUGAGCAUUGGGCGCAAGUUCAAGGAGGUGCUGAAGGUGCCUGGGGGCGAACCGGUCGAGUUUUCGGGACACACUGAUAGCGCGCACAGCGGCAGCACCCGUGCCAAGUCCAAGUAUAGCGUCUAA